AUGAACUUCCAGGGCAGUCGGAGGCGAGGAGAGGAUGGCAUCGCCAUGGUGAUUGACUUCCUGCUGUCUAAUGCCCGGCUGGUUCUGGGAGUCGGUGGGGCUGCCAUGCUUGGGAUUGCUACACUGGUAGUGAAACGGCUGAUAGAGCGUGCGGGCCGUGCAGCUGAUGACGAAAAGGUGGAGCAGAAGAUUGCUGAGACCUGGGAGGAGUUGAGUUUGGUCUCUGCUUCCCCCACACUGAUCAAGAAGGGCAUAGAGGGUGUGGUGAUGAAACAUGUUGCCAAGGCAGCCAGACAGCAGAAAGCUGACCUGAGCCAACAACCUCAGACGUCCUCUGUGGAGGUGCAGUCUAAACCUGAGUCAAAGCCCAAGAAGCUCCAGCUGUGUGUCCUCAGUUUGCAGGAGCGACUGCAGCAGUACUAUCACACGAGGGCAGCACUGGCUCCACACGAGGUCCGGAGGGCUCAGUCUUUAGCUCUGGACAUCUGCUCUGAGAUCCAAGGCUUUCUGCACAGCCGUCUUCCCGACAUGCCCCUGGGAGAAAUGAGCCUCGGAGGUUCUCUGCUGGAUGACCUGCAGGUGGUCAGUGCGGACCAUGCGUGUCUGCUGGUGCCUCUACAGCUGGAAGCCUCUCUGUGGCGUCUCAUCCCGGGAGAGGAAACUCUGCUCACACACCCGCUGCACUGGAUGGUCCGGCGGGUCAAUCUGGAAUAUUUUCCCAGAGGACGCAGCUACUGGGACAGGUACCUGGUGGGGGGUUACCUGUCUGCAGAAGCCGUUGUGAACAUGUUUAGUAAAGCUGUCAUGGAAACUAUAAACUGGCCUUCCAUCAGCAGCACUCUGGAUUGUCUCGUCAGACCGGUACUGGGAGGACCAGACCUGAGAAUCGAGAUUCGGCCUGAAAAUGAAGCCGGGGCAAUGAGCAGUGAUCAGUCCUUGUUCAUCUCCGUGCUGCCUCUGCUGAGGGAGGAGGACGUGGUUCUGACCGCCCAGCCGGAGCUCACCUCCCCCUGGGUCAACGCCUGGCACCUGUCUCUCUACCCGUGGGAGACUCAGCGCCUGACGCAACUCGACACCGCUGGCGCCGGAUACCGCAGACACACGCUUAAAAUCCUCAAGGCGGUGUGCAGACUGAACCCCGCCCUUCGGCCGCUGGAAGCCGCCCCGCUGGCCAAUCUCAUCCUGCACUUGAGUGACAGUGAGAGCGACUGGUCUGAGAUCAGCCUGGAUGUGAGGUUCCAGCAGUGCAUCACAGAGCUGAUUGGCUACCUCGAACAUGGAGCGUUGCACAGUUACUUCAAGCCAGCUGUCAAUCUGCUGAGCGGCUUGUCAGAGGACCAGGUGGACCAGAUGGGCUUCAUGCUCUACUGCGCUGUGUCAGAGCCGGAAAUACUGCUCAUAUAACCGUCUGCACACAACACUUUACACCUAUCAAGCUCAGACGCACACAGAUCCAACAAGUAAUCUUUUAUCAUCCAAAAUGUUUGGUUCAAGGCAAAGAUGUUGUAUUCUUCCCGCUGCCUCCCGUAGUUUAGCUCCUCCGUCCUGCUUUGAUGCAAAGGAACAAGGAGUACAGAGAAUGAGAAAAUGGCCGGCACCAUGGACUGCUGUCUACAGUAGAGGAUCAAGUUAACAAACCACUCCGAGGAAAGGAGACGUGCCAAGGAAAGGAGCUGAGGAAGUGCUUAUCAAGAUGUUUGAAACUAUAUAUCCAAAUUUCGGGACAAUUGACACACAAAAAAUGCGAAUGAAUGCUUGUUUCCAUCCACUACAGGUAUGCAAUAAUUAGGAGUUGGUUCAUCGAGAUAAGCAGUAGGUGUUGCCAAUUCUCCAGUCGGAAAGCAAUUAUACUAUUGCAGAAGAAGACGGCACAACAAGAUGACAUACAUUUAAUGGAGCGCCAGUCGAACCUCAAACAUUGAAAACUAAUGUAGAAAGCCGGACGAAAAUGUAUCGACGUGAAGAAGGAUACAUCAGAUCUGUUCUAGUCUGACACCAUUUUUGAUCUCUUCAGCAAAGCAGAAGCUUCAGUGGACUUUGAAGUCACAUGCUUCACGCAUGUCAUCAUUUAUUUGCUGAACCUUUUUCCAUUGCACUUUGCUCAUUGGAUGGAAACGCACCUUAUGCUUCAGGAUGUGCCUGAUUGAGAACCCCACAGCCAACUCUGCAUUUAAGUUUGUAUGGUAUUAUUUUUUCACAGGGAGUCGGUGAUGGCCACGUACAGUUCAGUAUACGAAUUAACAGCGGAGGACAUUUACUGCUGAAAUGUAGCCUCCAACUGCUAGAGUGUGCUCUGCAUUAUUUUCCUAAAUCUCUAAUGUAUUCUAAUUAUGCAGAAAAAUAAUGACCUGCUAAGAAAACAAAACAGGUUUUGAUCCACUUAUUUAACCAUUCAGUCUGUCUGAGUUGGACUUAUUUAAUACAAAGUGUAUAUUUUAUCAUACUGGAGGAUGAAGUGUGCAGUAUUUUGUGUGUUUAAUGUUCAGUCCGUUGCCAAUCUUGUCUGGGUAAUAACCCUUUAAACUAUGAUUAAAAUUGCCUAAUCAUUUUAUGUAGUUGCUUUUAAAUACCGUAUGAAUGUUUUGGCCAUUUCUUCAGUUGAAUUUUCUUGCCAAGUGAAAAAUAAAAUCGAUUUUUUGUGAUUCAAAUAUAAAUAAAAAUGAAAGCAUUUGUUUACAUUCUG